AUGGGUGGCCUGUGGACGAGCAUCUUUGCUCUUAUGACGGGCCAAUGGAACCCCAUUCCUCUCAAUUGGAGUGGCUCCUUUCGUGAAGCCCGUUCGUCCGAGUAUGAGGUCAACUGGCACCGCUAUGUCCGGGCCAGCGAGUCCAGCACGAUCCUGCCCGUUAGGGUCGUGUCGGAUCUCACUCGCGGCACUGUGGCAAACCCUUCUGGUCUCGUCACGGGAGAAGGUGGUCCGACGAUAUUGUAUCGUCCGAGAAAAGGGGACGAAAUUCCAUCUGUUACGGUCGACUUCGGUCAGAACACCGUUGGGAUCUUGUCGAUUUCCUUCGCUGGAUCAUCGACUUCUGCUUUGCCCAGCGAGGAUAAGGACGCAGAUAUUGACAGAGAUAUGAACAACGAAAGGCCUGGUAUACGACUCGCCUUCUCAGAGACGUUACGGUUUUUGAGUAAUGUCAGCGACUUCUCGCGCUCCUACAACGGCGACACAAUCACCCCGGGCAGCGACCAGAUCGCGGUCCGGAAAGACCCUUACGUCUGGACUGCAAAUCACGGCUGCCAGCACCGCGGCGCCGCCGACGGUAAGGGACAAGUCUGCGCAGACGGUCUGCAUGGUUUUCGCUACCUGCGCAUCUACCUCGAUGCCCUCCCUUCUGACAAGCCGUACACCACCCCCCAUGGCCGCGUCGAGAUCUUCAACCUCUCCCUCGCCCUCUCAGCGUUUCACGGCACUCCCGACACUUCAACGGGUGGUUCGAGUGCAGCGACGAGGACCUGA